AUGGCAGCCACACUGGACAACCACGCACCCACGCACCCGCCAGAAAUGCGCCCUACCGCCAUGACCCUCGACACGCCCGCCAUGCCCAACUCCAAGACAAUCAACACCACCGUCGACCUCAUGUCGCCCGUCAACCAGAACGGCUGCUUCGAGUUUGACCGCAUCAUCAAGGCCGGCACCGUGUCAUGGAAGCCCGUCUACCUUGUCCUGCGCCCAAACUACCUUUCCAUCUACAAGGACAAAGAUGAGACCAAGCUGCGCCAUCAGAUCAACCUCACCGAGAUCACCGCCGUCGCUCGCCAGCGAGACUCGAAGAAGAAGAUGGACCACGUCUUUGGCAUCUUCUCGCCUGCCCGCAACUACCACCUCGGCGCCUCGACCGACAAGGCCGCCCAGGAAUGGGUCCACCUCAUCCGCACAGAGGCUCGCAUUGGCGUCGAGGACGAGGCCGACAUGGCCAUCCUGAGCCCAGCUCCUGACAAGGUCACUUUUGCUGCCGCAGCAGCUGCUGCUGAUGCUUCUUCUUCCUCGGCCAAUCGGGAAAACGUCGUCUCCAGCUCCUCCGAGGCUGAACCGCGACCCUCGAGUUCCAUGGUGCCUGAGCACAUGCACAGCGCCCGCCGACCCUCGCAGACUCUCAACUACUCGGGCGGCGAGUACGGCUCCAUAUCCGAUUUUGACUUUUCCGACACAAACCAGGCCUCGCCCAACCCGCUACCCCGACAGAUCACACAGGAUAAGCGCACUCUUAGCCAGCACAGCAACGUUGGCGCCACGCCCGGCGACGAGCGCGUCGUCUACCACGGUUGGCUGUACAUACUCAAGUCAAAAGGCGGCGUGCGCCAGUGGAAGAAGAUUUGGGUUGUCCUCCGCCCCAAGUGCCUCGCCUUUUACAAGAACGACGGAGAGUACUCCGCCACGCACAUCAUACCUUUUACAAGCAUCAUCGAUGCAGUCGACAUUGACCCCCUCUCGCGCAGCAAGCAACACUGCAUGCAAGUCAUAUGCGAGGAGAAGAACUACAAGUUCUGUGCAUCCGACGACGAUUCGCUCGCAAGAUGGCUUGGAGCAUUCAAGAGCCUGCUUGUCAAAAAAGACGCGCAGCAGAUGCGCAUCUCCCCGCCAGCCACCAACACGGCAAACACACAACCGCCGCCUGUGCCAGCAUCCAUACCACAACCUGCUACUGCCACUGCUACUGCCGCGUGA